AUGCGCCGUCGCCACGAAGAAAGUAUGCGGGCCAGAAAACCAUGGGUUGAGGCGGCACAAACGCCAUUCCGCGACGACGCGUUGAUGGACGGGACCCCGGGCUGUACCGCCGCCGACUUCGAGCUGCCCCGCCUCCGCCGUUGUCCUUUUGACGCCGACAAGUUUAUCUGGGGUCGUCGCCUGGGUGAGGGGUUGGAUGGAUGCGUCUGGAAAGUCUGGUCUGGAGACGCAGGACCCUUCGUCCUCAAGGUGUUUUGGGAUGACGAACCGCCCGAGUUCGCCCACUACUACGCUCCCCAGCGAGAAUGCCAGGUUGCCGCCCUUUUACAGAUGAUGGAAGCCGCCGUGGAGCAGGCCGCCGCAGCCUCGCGCCCCGUCGUGGUCAACGCGAACCCGACAACCCGGGACGACGCGCUGGACAACCAAGCCGCCUUCUCCGACGAGGCUCGUCUGGAGCAGCAGUCAUCAGCCCAACAGGAACCGGGAUCCGGCUACCGGCAAAUAACGACGAUGCCGCGCGUGAAGAAGUGUUACGGCUGGCUGACACUCAAAAGCAGCGUCUUCACGAAUCUGCCCUGGGAACUGAAGCCACCCGUCAUCAAGGUCGACAAGGUGGAACGCUUUAUCCAGCCCGGCAAAGAAUACAUGGCCAUCGUGUACGAGUAUGUCGAAGAAGGCGAGAAUACGGUGGAAACCCUGCAGGAAGCGAUGGAUUUCUUCUGGCUUGCCGGUUUCUGCCGCACGCUAUCCCCGCUUCUAAAGAAUUGGAAGAGCAGCGUGCUCGUGGACCUGUGUGAUGUCGCACCCCCUCGCGGAUAUGGCUGGGUAGAGCGGCUAUAUAGCCGCGGUCCGACGUCCGCGCCUCUGCUGCUUAAACAGGCGGAAUUCGUCGACGUCGGCCCCCCCAUGCCUCGGCCGCCGCGUGCAAGCCAGCUCGCCCGCUUCAGGACCCCGCUACCUCGGAAACAGGUGCCUCCGGCCCGGUCCCCGAGCCAGUCUCCGACUCCGCCUCCGCUCACGUCCCCAAGCGCGUCACCAAGUCCGCCGCCAACAAAGCCCACAGCUUAG